CUCCAUAGUUUAGCUCUAAUAGUGAAUGAUCAUGAAAAAAUCAAUGAGUGCUACUUCUUUUAUGCUUGCUUUCCCUUGGUUUCUCUUCGCAGUAACUGUUUUAUGUUGGCAUGGAAGCUUCAGUGCUGGCUGCACUCAAAGCGAGAGAGAAGCUCUUUUGCAAUUCAAGCUUGGCCUUAAAGAUCCUUCUAACAGGCUUUCUUCUUGGGGUGGUGAUGCGGAUUGCUGUGGAUGGUCUGGAGUCAUUUGUGACAAUCUCACCAGCCAUGUUCUUGAGCUCCAUCUUAGAACUCUUUCUGAAAAAGAGUAUUAUGCCUUUAAUGCCACUGGUGACUAUGAUAAAUUUUGGGAGAGGUCGGCAUUCAGAGGUAAGAUCAGUAAAUCUUUACUCAACUUGAAGAAUUUGAAGCAUCUAGACCUAAGCAACAAUAAUUUUGAAGGAAUUCCCAUUCCCAAAUUCCUUGGCUCUAUGGGGAGUUUAAGAUACCUUAACCUCUGUGGAGCAGAAUUUGGGGGAAUGAUACCUCAUCAACUUGGAAAUCUUUCAAAUUUGCAAUAUCUUAAUAUUGGAGAUAUUUAUACUCUUUAUGAUAAAUAUGUUGAGAGUUUACAUUGGCUCUCUAAUCUCACAUCAUUAGAAUUCCUUGACUUGAGUUUUGUAAAUCUUAGUAAAGCCUUGGAUUGGUUGGAUGUGAUGAACAAACUCCCCUCUCUGGUAGAGUUACACUUGUCAGGCAGUUCACUAAAUCAUAAGGCGCCUCCACUUCCCAACGUCAAUUUUUCAUCACUUUCUGUUCUUGAUUUGUCAAUGAACAAUUUUGAUGAAUCUUCUGUGUCCAAUUGGAUUUUUCAAAUCACAAAGUUGAGUUCUCUUGAUCUUUCAUCGAAUCUUUUUUUUGGAUCAGUCCCUGUUCAUCUUCAAAAUAUAACUUCCCUUAGAGAACUUAACUUAUCUGAUAAUGAGUUCAAUUCUUCCAUGGCCAUAUGGUUACAUGAUUUUAGUCAUCUUGAGGCUCUCGGCCUUUUCUCUAAUAAUUUGCAAGAUAGAAUUCCAAGUGCCAUUGGAAACUUGACUUCUCUCAACAUACUGGACUUGGAAUUGAACCAAUUUGAAGGAGCAAUUCCAAGUGACAUUGGAAACUUGACUUCCCUAAACAGCCUUGACUUGUCAAACAACACACUUGAAGGAUCGAUUCCGAGUGCCAUAGGAAACUUGACUUCCCUCUACGAACUUGACCUAUCAGACAACAAUCUUGCAGGAGAAAUUCCAAGUGCCAUUGGAAACUUGAUUUCCCUCAACAGACUUGACCUGUCAUACAACAAACUUGAAGGAGCAAUUCCAAGUGCCAUUGGAAACUUGAUUUCCCUCAACAGACUUGACCUGUCAUACAACAAACUUGAAGGAGCAAUUCCAAGUGCCAUUGGAAACCUAAUUUCCCUUAGCAGGCUUGCCUUGUCAUACAACGAACUUGAAGGAGUAAUUCCAGUCACUUUGGGUGAGCUAACUUCUUUGACAUCUGUGGACCUUUCCUAUAACAAACUCAAUGGAAGUCUCCCCAUAUGUUUCGGAGCCCUUGAAAAAUUAGAAGAGGUGCAUUUUUCUCAUAAUUCAUUGGAGGGUGAAGUUUCCCAAUUUCACUUUACAAACCUUACAAAUCUGAAAUAUUUUGAUGGCUCUCAUAACCAAUUGCUAUUAAGAGUCAAUCCCGAUUGGAUUCCCCCCUUUCAACUUCUUGAACACAUAUCUUUGCAAUCUUGGGAUGUUGGACCUCAGGUUCCCACAUGGCUCCGUUCACUAAAGCAUUUAAAAUACCUGGACUUGUCAAAUUCAAAAAUUUCAAGUACCCUUCCCAUUUGGUUCCAUGACCUCUCUUCAAGACUUUAUUACUUUAAUUUAUCUCAUAACCAAAUGCAUGGAGAGAUUCCAUAUUUGUCCAUUGAUGAUUCUGAUUACUCAUUCAUAGACUUGAGUUCAAAUAAAUUCGAUGGUCAAUUGCCUUAUAUCACUUCCCAUCCUGCUUGGAUAGAUCUUUCCAAUAAUUUAUUCUCCGGGUCAAUAUCCAUCUUUCUAUGUGAUAGAGUGCAUGAGCUGAAGGCUGUAAUCCUUAACUUAGGAAAAAAUCUUCUAUCUGGAGAGAUACCUGAUUGUUGGAUGAAUUGGAGAUUUUUAGGAGCUAUAGUAUUUAACGACAACUAUUUCAGUGGAAAUAUUCCUAAGUCCAUUGGAACUUUAAGUUAUCUUUGGCUUUUAAACCUUCGCAACAAUAAUCUCUCCGGUGAAAUACCAUUGUCACUUCAACAUUGCUCAGAAUUGACAGUACUUGACAUAGGUGAAAAUGAAUUGGGCGGAGACAUUUCAGUAUUUUUGGAGAAGCAACAUUUUUCAAACAUGGUUAUUUUCAAUCUUCGUGAGAACAAAUUUCAUGGUCACAUACCUAAAGAGUUUUGCCGCAUGACUUCUUUAAGAAUCUUGGAUCUAGCUAAUAACAACCUCAGUGGUAAAAUACCAACAUGUGUCGAUAACUUCAGUGAAAUGGUAUAUGAAACCUAUGAUAUGGGAGGCCUAAUUUCCAUUUUCAUUGAUGAUAAUGGGUCAUUCUAUGGGAGUUCCUCAAUUAUGAAAAAGGGACAAAUGAUUGAAUAUAGCACCAUCCUUAAUUUUGUUCGGAGUAUGGAUCUCUCAAACAACAAAUUAUCCGGUGACAUUCCUAAAACUAUAACAAGGCUUGAAGCAUUGCAGUCAUUGAAUUUGUCACAUAAUCUUUUGAGUGGAAGAAUUCCAGAGGAAAUAGGAAAUAUGCAAAAACUAGAAUCUCUUGAUUUUUCUCAAAAUCAACUUGUUGGAGAAAUUCCGCCAAGUAUGUCAAGCUUGACAUUUUUGAGUUACUUGAACCUGUCCAACAACAAGUUAUCAGGAAUCAUUCCUACAAGCACUCAAUUGCAAAGCUUUGAUCCAUCUAGUUUCAGUGGCAACAAACUUUGUGGGCCUCCACUCACCAAGAACUGCAGUGUUGAUGGUGCUACACAUCCCAUUGGGACAGAAAGAGGAGAAGAUGAUAAAGGCCCUAAAUCAUUUUAUUGGUUCUAUUUCUAUGUGAGCAUUGCACCUGGAUUUGUGGUGGGGUUUUGGGUCGUAGUGGGUCCUUUAGUGUUUAACAGAAGAUGGAGGCAUUUAUACUUCAAUCUUCUAGAUGAUUUGUGGGACAAAAUUAUGGUGUGGUAUUACCUAAAUGUUGUUAGAGUUGUGAGAGGUCAUGGUUUCUAGAGUUCUAUCCAAAAGAAAUAUAUGUGUGGAAAAUGUGCUAUGGGUGUCUACAUAAGUUGGUCAGAGUUUAGCUCUAUGUUUGUUGUGAGAGUCUUUUUAAAUGGUCAUGCAAGUGCUUUGUAAUCUUGAAUUGUGUUUAAUAAAAAUUGAAAAGUCCCACUGUUGUGAGGGCUUCGUGUGUGGUUUUC